AUGUCUCAACAAUCUUGUUGUGUGCCCAACUGUACAGUUACACUUGGAAAUGAGCAAUUAAAAGAACUACCUACAUCAUUCCGAAAGGAUAAUAAAUCUCCUUUAAGCUUUGAUACCUCUGAAAACAAUAGAGACGAAGAAGAGCUGCAGUCUUUAUCUCUACGAAACUAUUACAAUGAAGCUCACAAUAUCUUACCUAGAUUAAGAGAUUCUGAAGGUGAGCAAUCCACAUUGGAACAAACUAACAACGUACCUGGAAAUUAUGAGGAUCAGCUGACAUCAAAACUACAUGACAAUCUAUCUAAAUUUGACUUAAGUGGACAUUAUGUAUCAAGACAAAACGAUAACUUACCAACAUACGAUUUACCUGGAGGUUGUGAAGCACAUCGGCCAUCUACAUCACGACAACAUAACAAUUUACCAGGACGUGGAAUCUCCAUUUACUAG